CAGGCACAAGAAAAAUAUCACCCCGACAAAGAACAAAGAACAGGGAUUGGAGUAAACAAAAUUCAGGGGAGAAAAGAGCAGGCAAGAUCGUUGAACAGGGCCCAUAAACAACCUCUAUGCUUCAUAGUUGAGUUUGUUUCAAAGGGUCCAUCAACUCACGCAUCAUCAUAUCACGCUUCAAAACACACAAUUGUUCCAAAAUGAGCGAUUCAAAGAACACGGCACCCGCGGGUUCAACCCCGGAUAUUCUAUCCAUGAUCCCGGAGUUACCCCCCGGCCGCACCCUCAAUGCUGGCAUGACCCUCGAUGAGACGGUGGCCGACCUCAAGAAACACCCGCUCUUCAUGACGGAGCUGGACUCAGCCGAGGACAAUGAGGAGCUGGCUGCGCUGCAGGCCCUCGCUUAUGAUGGCACCCCUCUCGAGAACGCGAUCAACUUCAAGGAGCAAGGGAACGAGUGUUUCCGGGAGAAACGUUGGGCAGAUGCGAAGGAGUUUUACGGCAAGGGGGUCGCCGUCCUAGCCGCGGAAGAGCUGAGGAGGGCCAAGGGCGGAAAGAAAAUGGUGCAAAAGGCCGCCGAACAGGUGGCGAUCAACCCCAACGCGGACAACUCCAUGGGCGGCGUAGAUCUGGAGGAGGACGGCCCUAAGCCCAACGAGGCAGAUCUCGAAGAAGUCCCUGAGGACCCGACCGAGGUAAAGUCGGAACAAGCCCUCCUCGAAACCCUGUACAUCAACCGGGCCGCCUGCCAUCUCGAGCUGCGCAAUUACCGCUCCUGCACCGUCGACUGCGCCGCCGCCCUCCGCCUCAACCCCAGCAACAUCAAAGCGCUCUACCGCUCCGCGCGCGCCCUGCUGGCCGUCAACAAGCUCACCGAGGCCGACGACGCCUGCGCGCGGGGCCUGGAGAUCGACUCGUCCAACAAGCCGCUGCUGGCGCUCGCGCAGGACAUCAUCAAGGCCGCGGAGGCGGACUCAGCACGACGCAAGCGCGAUGAGCAGCGGGAAUCGAACGAACGCCGCCGCGUGACGCUGCUCAGGACGGCGCUGCAGGCGCGCGGGAUCCGCACGCGCACCACGAGCAAGCCGCCCGACAUGGAGGACGCCAAGGUCAAGCUGUCGCCGGACGAGCUGGACCCGGAGAGCGCGCUGGUGUUCCCCACGCUGCUGCUGUACCCGUGCCAUCUGGAGAGCGACUUCAUCAAGGCGUUUAAUGAGCAGGAGAGCUUGGAGCAGCACUUUGGUUACGUCUUCCCGCUGCCGUGGGACCGGGCCGGGGAGUAUAGCCCCGCAGGGGUGGAGUGUUACGUGGAGACUGUGAGCGGAGGGUUGGUCAAGGUCGGGAGGAAAGUGCCGCUACUGAAGGUGUUGGGAACCGGGAAUGUGGAAGUGGUUGAUGACUUGUUGAAGGUGUUUGUUGUGCCGAAGGCGAGGGCGGAAGGGUGGGUGAAGGAGUUCAAGGAGAAAAAGGCGGCGGGGGGUCCAUAG